AUGGAUGGACCAACAGAGAUUUAUGAGCAGCUUAAUUUAUGUAUAUUUCCGGAGAGAUUUUGUUUGGAACCAAGAGGACGAGACGGUGGAUUAGUUUCAGAUACGUAUUUAGAAAUUGAUCGUAAUACGGGAAAGCUUGGUUUGAUAAGAAAUAACGAUAAGCCAAUACUUAUACAUGAUGCUGAAGUAAAAGUUAUUCAUGGAAUUGUUGGCAUCAUUAAGCUUGUAUCAGGUAAUGCUUUGAUAACUAUAACCAAAGCUAAUCUUAAAGGUGUUUUAACUGGUCAUGAAAUAUGGACGAUAACUGAAACGGAAAUUAUACCGUAUGAAAAGACAGCAUUACAUCUAACAGAAAAACAGAUUUGGUAUAAUCGACAUUUUACUGAUAUGAUCCAACUUGUAUUAUCAACUGGUGGAUUUUAUUUCUCACGCACUUUUGAUUUGUCACAUUCAGCACAAUGGUUAGCAGAAAAUGCUACACCUCUAUUCAAAAGACUUCCAAUGAUGGGCCGAUCGGAUGAACGUUUUGUGUGGAAUCGAUAUUUGUCAGCUCCUCUUACAGCUAUUCCCGAAUUAUUUCGAUACGUGCUUCCUAUAAUACAUGGUUUUUUUGAUAUAAGUCGUUGUAUUGUUAAUGGUCAUAUUUUCCAACUUUGUCUUAUUUCUCGGAGAUCUAUUUAUAGAGCAGGUACAAGAUUUUAUAUGCGUGGCGUCAGUACUAUUGGACAUUCAGCAAACUAUGUAGAAACUGAACAAUUGGUGGAAUAUGAUAAGGAUAGUGAUCCGAAACAACGUUGCUUAACAUCAUUUGUACAGAUAAGAGGAUCAAUACCAUUAUUUUGGUCCCAGAGACCAAAUCUUCAUUGGCAACCUGAACCGUUGCUAAAUCCAAUUGAUGAUCAAACGGAAGCUUUUAAACGACAUAUGAUAAUGCAACGGAAUAUUUAUGGAGGAAAACAUGUAAUUGUAAAUUUGGUAAAUCAGAAAGGACGUGAAAAACGUGUUGGUGGAGAGCUUGAUCGAGUUGUUUUACGUACAAAUCUAGACUUCGUCAGGCUCAACGCGUUUGAUUUCCACAAAGAAUGUCGCACAUUAGAUUGGGGUCGAUUGGAUAUGCUCAAAAAACAACUUAGAAGCGAAAUUACAGAAUUUGGAUUUUUCUCAUCAUUUUUAAACUCUACAGAACACAUGCACAAACAAAAAGGUUUUUUCCGUACAAAUUGUAUGGAUUGUUUAGAUAGAACUAAUGUUGCUCAAUCAAUGUUGGCUAAGGAAUCACUAAAAGAUCAAUUAUCUUAUAUGAAGAUUAUUGGUAAUGGUUUUGAAGUGGACAGUUAUCCAGAGUUAUCUGCUACUUUUAAAAGGAUUUGGGCUGAUAAUGGUGAUGAAUGCAGUCGUCAGUAUGCAGGAACAGGUGCACUAAAGGCUGAUUAUACACGUUUUGGUAAGCGAACUUUUUCGGGAGCAUGGAAUGAUUGCAUAAAUGCUUUCACACGUUAUUUUCGUAACAAUUUUGCGGAUGGUUACAGACAGGAUGCAAUCAAUCUUUUUCUUGGUAAUUUUCGGGUUGAUCCAAGCAAUUUGCCAGCCACUUUUGAAACUACAGUGCUCAGUUUUGAUUAUCAUGGUGGUGCUAUUGUCGGUGCAAUUUUUGCAGCUGCAAUGAUUAUUCUUUGUAUAUUAGUAGCAGAAAAUAUGACAGCAACUAUAUUUUGGUUUGUAGUUUUUAUGGCAUUGAUGUUAUUCAUAUUUGUCAAUGGUGAAGAAUUUGUAAACAAACCUCGAUUGAAAAUGGACUAA